AUGUUCUCGAAAUGGUCUGUUUCUGUGAGGUUGUCCUGGUGGAUCGACUCCGUGAAUAUCACGAUCGGGUCUCUGAUAAACAGGUGUGCAAAAUGGUUGGCGAGCGUCUCGUCAAACCCGUUGGCGACCAGCUUCGCAAACACCUUGCUGUUGAUCGGCGACUCGAUGUCGUUGUACUCCUUGCGGAAGUACGAGAACUCGCUGCCCGAGGCGUCGAUGUCUCCCAGGUACUGGUCCACCGAGUCGUAUCUGGACUUGGGGAUCCGCUGCAAAACGGCCGAGUCGGUGGUGUUGCCGCGUUCCUUGUGGCCCUUGAGCGGAGGCUCGCCCCGCUCAAACGGAGUGCGGUCGUCCACCGCCCCUGCAAUCACGUUCCACCGCACGUCCUGGUCUGCCAGGUGGCCACGGAAAAUGGGAGCCGCCGCAGUCACCGCCAACAUCAAUGGAGCCACAUUCACCAGCGAGUCGUACAGAAACCUGGCCUGCCGCACAUCAGAAGCCUGCAUCGUCACCUGUAGACACGAGGCGCCCAUUCCAAAGCCCAUGGAGUCCAUGUAG